UCCUUGUUUUAAGCGAGACAAGGCACUAGUGUCUUCCUCCUCCUUCCAUUCUCACCAAACCGAAAACCACAGACCAUGGCUCAUCAUCUCCGUCGUGUCAUCUCCCUCACCGGCUUCACCAUCCUCUCCCUCGCCCUCCUCUUCAUCACCUCCCUGCAAGCUCAAGGAGCCAGCAACUUGGGCGAGGAGAAACGACAGUCGUCGGAGGAGUACGUCAUCCCCGUGCGGAGCGUGGUGUACCGGCCGCGGUCGGUGGCGCUGCCGGCGGCGGCGGCGACGGAGGCGGUGGGGUACGAGCCGUUCGAGGUGUGCGAGGGGUGCCGGUGCUGCUCGACGUCGAACGCGAGCAGCUGCGUGGACACGAGCUGCUGCUACUCCAUCGACUGCAACCUCCCGGGGAAGCCCUUCGGCACCUGCGCCUUCACGCCCCAAACCUGCGGAUGCGGCGGCAGCAGCAACUGCACACAGCCCUCCUGAUCCAUCCAUCCUUAGUUGCUCUCCGUGACUUCCUCAUUCACUAAUCUUCUCGUCUCACAGAAGUGUACAACUGAAUUGCUGAUCAAUUCCAUCGGCAUCCAAAUGUAACGGUUUGGUUUGAUGAUGCAACUGCAAACGUAGUAUGCUUUGAUUA